UUUUAUAGCAAUAUUCUGUACUCACAUACCAUCGCUAUUCAACAGUUGGGCCACACAUUAGUGACAAACGCGUUGGAGUUAUUUGUAAUUAUAAUUAUACUAUCAGUCCAUCGAUUAGUAGACCAACUAUUAGGAUGUCUUCGUCGGCCGAUAGGCCACGGGUCCGGUCGUCGACGUUCGGCUCCCUUCAGACGCUGACCCGAGCGCUCCGGGAGUCGCUUCGUCUCCGGAAACUGCGGAAACAAAAGCGACUCCGAAAUGAGGCAAACAGUGAACAAAUGCGGCGAAGAAGCAAAUCCGUGGGCAAUGCCUUCGUCGACGACGAGAUCAGUGAUAUAGGGAUCAGUGUAGUGAUGGCGUCAGACAUCGGUCCGGUGUUGAACCCGACGAAAGUGGUGCAGAAAAAGGCCCGAUUGCCGCAAACGAGGCGUCAGUCCAAGUCUGUGGACGACGUCGAG